GUCGAUUCCAAUCCGACCGUCACAAUUGUCCGCCUAAAACUCGAGCGUUUCGCGCUUUCAGAAACAAGUAUCCGAACUCAAACUUUCUCUUCUGAGCGUUUCGUUCGCAAAGUAAAUAUCCUCUGAGAAGUGUUUUCCCUGCAAUCCGAAAAUAUACGCUCGUCUUUCUCAAUCAAUCAUCCAUCACGCUCUAGCGAGAGGUUAUUUUUUAACCCUAACAACAAAAUGUUUACCCGAAACCGACGCUUCCUGUCCUCUCCCGAGAAGAGGUCUUCCGUUUCGGAAAAUUCAAGCAAGAAGAAGGUUACUGCGGUGAAGGAUCAGACGGCAAAGAAGCGUCCCGCUCUCGCCGAUGUAUCCAAUAACAGAAGGGCCUCUUUCUCUAAGCCCAUGGUUCCAUGUGUGUCCAAAACUGCCAAGACAAAGAAGGCUGGUUUGCAGAAGAGAGGCACUUUGCAAGCCCCAUUGAGUGAAAAAUCAAGUCGACUGGUACUUUCCAAAGAGGCACAUUCGACCAAAAGUGGUGAAUCCAAGGAUGGAGUUGAAUCCUUCGUUGCCCCAUUCAUUGAUAAAGUGGUUUGUGCUCCGGGGUGGACGGACAUUUCUCCAAGUAAAUCCUUUGGCGGCUCUGUUUCACAAAGUGAGAGCAUGUCAACCAGGGAUUCCUUAAGUUUGGAAUUUGAAUAUGAUAAUGUCAUAUCCACCAGAUCAAUUGAGAAUAGGACAUUUAACAUUCUCAAUAUUUCAGAGUCUUCAAAAAUAGCAGGGAGAAUAUGUGGUAGUGAUAUUGAUACCAUCCCGAAGAUAGAAGCAAAUGGAGUUGUGGAUAUUGACUACAGCAUCAAGGACCCACAAUUCUGUGCAUCCAUUGUCCAUGAAAUCUAUGAAUAUUUGCGUGCAUCAGAGGUGAUUUUUGUGCGUAUUGAGGGAGUUCAGAACGGGCCGUUCCGGUAUUGGUACAGGCCGUUCUGGCUAAUCUGA